AUGGUUCGCGUAAAGAAGCGUCUGUCCAAACGUGUGAGCACGAAGCAAAGGGAGAAAAUCAAGAAGAAGGUGAGCGAACAUCAUCGCAAGGCGCGCAGAGCAGCCAAGAAGGACCCCACGUGGAGAAGCAAGAAAAAGGCGGACCCUGGCAUUCCCAACAGUUAUCCCUACAAGGAGCAACUAUUGAAAGAGCUGGAAGAGAGAAAGGAUAGGGUGAGUGCGCGAAGCCUCGGCGCCUUAUCGCGGUACGCAAAGCUGCGUACUUACUCGGCCACUUUUGCAUCAGGAGCGUCAAGAGCAAGCUGAUGCUGUGGAAGCCAGACGAGCAUUGAGGCGGGGAGAAAAGAGAAAGGCAGAGCAAGAAUCGUCCGAAGAUGAGGCCGAAACCGAAGCGGGCGUCACUCGUAUCAAAGUCGGCGGCGCCCAAUCCUUGGCAGAUGCAGAGCUAGCGGAGUCCAUUUUGAGAGCAAAGGCUAUUGCCGAGACGGGUGUCAGUGGUGAUUCGCCAGCCGAGCAGGAGGUGGCCACCCCUCUGCUGUUCAGAGGUACGCUCUCGGACCUGAAGCGAGCUACAAUUCAGGAUGCUUCGCCCAGAGUGCGCGCGCUCCUCAUUACUUUGGACGCUCGAGAGCCCGCAGCUUGGCGUGUGCCCACCUUGGAAGCUUUCGAAGACGUUCCCAAAGUGCUCGUCCUGACCAAGACAGGUCAGUGGAGCCAGACUCAUGGUUGUGCGCCAAAGGCGGAACGAUGGCUUACUGUAUUCCCUCUAAGCAGACCUGGUCCCGAUCGAGAAUGCCGCUGCCUGGCAAGUCGCGCUCUCUCACCAGACUAAUUACGCCGUCUUUGCGACCGCAUCGCCAGCCAAGCAGUCUCCGGCAGGUAUUGCACCCCUCGCGGAACACGUUGCUUCUCUUUUGGAUCAAGUUGCGACAGAAAGCACAGAAGACGAGGGCGAACUUAGAGACGCAGUUGUCGUUGCUGGUCUGGAAAAUGUGAGCACUGCGCCGCCAUUUCAUGACAAGGCUCGCAGAUGAUGCUGACGACCAUCCUUGCCAUUCCGCGACCUUCCGCAGUCUGGCCGAAGCUCUAUGGCGCAGCACCUCGCCGUAGCCCUGGAUCUUGCACUGCCGUCUUCAACAAAGCAGAGCUUUGCCUUGUACGACACUCCAGCCAUCGUCAGUGCCAAUUCCAAACUGGCCAACCUUUCAAAUGCGGAAGAGGAAGCUCUGGAGGCGGAGGAGGAAAGGGAGGAGAGCCAGGUCAUGGAGGCGGACGAGGAAACGGAAUUGGAUAGAAUCAGAGAUGAGAAGGCUGCGAGAAGGAUAUUGCUCAGGAAUGUAGGUCAAUUACAGAAGAUUAAGGAACCUUUGCCUUUGAGUAAGCAUGAACCGGAGCUUCGGAUGCGGAUGUCCUCACCUGCACGCUGACACGCACAAAUUUUGGACGCCGCGUCUGCAGUCUAUGCACUCCUUCGGCACACCCACUCCUUGACGGACCUCAUGCUCGCGUAUAACAUUCCUGCAUUUGGAUCAUUCAUGUCUGGCUCUACGAAUACACCUGGUGGCAGCAAGGCGCUGAGCGAAAAGGCUCAAAGGGAUGCCGAUGAGUUUCUGCUUGAAGUUGCAAAGUCUCAAGGCCGUAACAAGAAGGUGAGUCGAUCUUUCGGCUGUAUCGGGGCUGCUCCGACCGACUUGGAAGCCUGACACACGUCUGAUGCGUCUCAAUGCGCUUGAUUUUCUCUUGGCCCAUAGGGAAGCGUACCCGAUACGGUCGCUGCAGCUCGCAACGUAUUGAGAGAUUGGUCCGACGGCUCUAUAGCCUACUACAGGACGCCUCCACGCUCCAUCACCUCCGACCCAGUGCUUUCUAAGGCCAUCGAAGCCGGAAGCAUCAAGCUGGUCGAGCUGUUGGGAGAGACUGCUUCGCGUUUGAAGGAGUGGAGAAAGGGGCUCAAUGGCAGGGCGCGAGAGCUUCGGUUGAAAGACGACGCGAGCGACUCUAUGCUUGAUGGACUGGUCGCUCUCGCUGCUGCACCGCUUGAGGACGAAGAAGAGAGUGACGCGAGCGAGGACGAGGAGGAUAGUGCGGAGGGAGAAGAGUGGGACGACGAGGACGACGACGACGACGAGGACGACGAGGACGACGAGGAAGCAGACGAAGACGAUGAGGAAGCAGAGGACCAAGACGAGGAAGUGGACAUUGAUGAGGAUGACGCGGAUGCGCGAUCUGAUGAGGUGAAGCAACUUGCGCACGCCAAAGAGGCUCCCCGGUCCAUCCUCAAGAAGCGAAGCACAGUUGUCCAGAGCAAGCCGAACGCCAAGACGGCUCGCGUUGUGGAGUCCCGCGCUGCCCAAACUUCCAAGGGCGCUGUGAGCAAGGCGGUGGGAAAGAACGUGCCAAAGGCGGCGCUUGGAGAACAGAGCAAAAAGCGAGCUGCACCGAUUGCCACCGCUGCUGAUGACGUUUUCAAUCCGUUGAGCAAACGGGCCAAGAGGCUAGCAAAGAAGGCGAAGAAGGCUGUGCAAGCUGGCAAGUAA